AAAAGAAUUAAAAGACGUGGAAGACGAAUUAACAAAAAUAAUUCUUGAGGGAGGUGAUGUAGGUGCAGCGAAAGAGAGGCUCAUUAAAAAGAUAAUGGAUGAAACAGGUCUAUCAAGAGAGCAAGCCGCUGAACUAGUUGAUAAGCUGCAUGCAAAGGCCAACAUAGCAAACCAAGCAAUGGAAGACGGAGGAGCUGGUUUACCAUCUACAAAGGCACUAAAAGCCUUCCAGGACUCAUUGAUUCGAGAAAUGGACUCGUUCUUGGGUCCUCUGGAUAUGCCUAAUGAAACGAAAGACAAACUGAAAAAGACUCUACUAAAGGAAUUAGACAGAUUACUUAAAAACAAAACUGAUCCAGACAUAAUCAUGCAAAAUUUGAUAGCUAUAAUAAAACGCUUAACGAAUUUAACCGAUAAUGAAGCUAUUGAACUUGCUCGAAGGCUUAUGAAUAAGACUAAAGAAAAGGGUUUCCUUCCAAGAGUUUGCUGUACCCCAAAACGCCUGUCGUUUGGUAGGGAUGCUGUUUGUGUCCAAAGAAAGGCCUUCAGAGAUGCCAUCUUGAGAGAGGUGGGUGACGGAUUCUUUGGGUGUCAGCUUUCAGAACAGAAAAAGAAAUAUUUGGAAGAUCUGUUGAUAGAAGACUACGCUAAAGAAUAUGGCAUCACUCUAACUGAAUGUUGUCCUACAGAUGAUAUUAGAGAUGAGAAUGAUAUAACAAUAAUAGUUAAUGACUGGAUUAGUACUAUACCAGUCACCAUGAGCAGUGAUCAAGAUUAUAAGAGAUUCGUACAUCAAAAGAACGAAUUGAUUCCAAAAAUCAAGGAAGCUUUACCAGCUAGUGACUAUGGUAGAAUUAGAGAAGAUGCCAAGACCUUUUUGCUAAAGAUACCUUUACAUCCUGAUUACAAAGAAAAUGAAGAACAACAAGAUAAGAAAGUGGAAGACCUUAUCGACAAAUUUCUAUGUUUGCCACCAAAAGCUAAAGGACACCGCUAUGGAAUGAGCUUCAGUGGUCUCACCGAAUACAUAGACUCUUGGAUAGACAACUUACACAUUUCCGAUGACACAAGAGAUGAAGAAGCUAUUAAGGAUAUGAAGAAAGGUAUGACGUACAGCUUAGUGCACAAAUUAGGAGAAAUGAAUAUUGAUCCAGAAAUAUUCAACGACGACUCACUAUAUGAAGAAGUACUUAAGGAUGAGCUACAGAAUAUGCUGGGCGAUGUUACUAUAACUGAUGCAAAUAUAAAAGCUCUCAAAGAUGAUCUGAUUGAUAAGGUAAAAUCUGCACAGCAAAGAGCUCAUGAUGAGAUUAUUGGACAGAAUUAUAAACAUAAGCUACGCCACGCAAUGACUAAUAUCCUACCACCCGCAUGUGCUAUGUCGAGAGAAGAACAUGCGGCUAUGGAAUUAUUAAAAGAUCAACUAGCUGACGCUUUCAUAGACUUAAAUUAUUCAGGAGACGAUGAAAAUCUUAGAGCACGAUUGAAAAGGAAAAUAACGAGUGAAAUUCACAUGUUUUGUAAUGACUAUUUAAGUUCACACCCCGCAUCACCUCUGAGUAAUAAACAGCUAAACCUUGAGCUUUUUAACGCUUUGACUAGUGUACCGCUACCUUCAGGAGAUUCUAUCCGAUAUGAAGUAGAACAAGCAAGAAUUAGAGAAGUGAUAAAUGAAUGGAUUAAAGAAUUGCCUCUACAAUAUCAAAACCCCUCCGAGCUCUUAGCCAGAAACAGACUUAUUUACGUACUGUCAAAGAAAUUGUUUGAUAUCGAAACUGCAGUUGAAGAUUCGCCAGACGAACCUAUGAGAAAGGAAAUAAUGAAAUUCCUACAUAAAAUGCCAUUCAAAUCUGAAAAUGAUAACAACCACUUCGCAAAUAAUUUAAUAGAUAAACUAAAUUCAUCGAAAGAAUCGAGAAGAUUUGAUGAUGGCUCCGAUGAAAUUGAUGCAUAUGGAAAUAUCUGCGACAGUUCAUGUCCUAGAGGUGGCGCUGCUUCAAAUUAUAGAAGGACAGCCAUGACGCAAGAUAGAAUUUGUUCCAGACGUUCCUCGUACCCGCCAUGUACUCUAAGCGCUGAAGACAAGGCUCACUUGGACAGAAUAAGACGUAGAUCAUGCGUAACUCCAAAUUGCGUUAAAGCAUUAUUAAAAAAUGACAAAUGCAGUGCUGCAGUUGGACCGCAACCAAUGGAUGCACAAAGCCAAACAGAACUGAGGCCGCAAGGUUUUGACAAGGAUAAACAAAGUUCAAUUUGCACAGGAACCAAUGAAAAGAUGACUAGACCAUGCCCAGGCAUGUCUAGUUCGCCACGAAGAUCUCCGUGUGGGUUGAGGAGGCAUACAGUAUCUGGUACCAGACUACAGCGUGACGCACAGGAAGAAGUUCUGCCACAAAUAACCGUAAAGAAGUACUACUGGGAUUCCAAUGAAAAGUCUAACUUCCAGGACUCUGGAUCGCAACAAGCUCGUGCCCCUUAUUCUUCUUCCUUUUCGCCAUCUAGACCUGGAACUUGUUAUCCUUCAGACUCCCCCUGCCAGCGGCCAGCAUCCUACCAACGUCCUAGUACCCCUCCCUAUCAUCGGAAACAGACUGAGACUGUGCCCUGCCAAGCUGGCACACCGCCCUACAAAAAAUCAAGCCAAUCGCCGUACCACCGUGACUGUUAUAAACACGACUAUCAACAACAAUCCACCAGUCCUCACAGAGUCCCUUGCAACUACGAUCACUCAAUUACUCAGGGUCCUGACACAAAACCUACAAAGCCUGUGGGACGAUUCUAUCAUUGGUCUCCGCAGAGAUCGUUCCAAGAGAGAAUUUCUCAAUCUUCACAACGAUCGACCCCACGCUCUCGGUCUCCUCAGCAGAGUCCCUGCAUGAGCCGAUCUCAGUCGCCUUAUGGAAUGAAUCACGAAUCCACACCAUUAAGCUGUUCCAAUAGAGUGAAAAGAAACGGUCUUCAAGAGCAAAUCCCUUGUACUAACAUCAGACCAUCCAGGAAGGAGAGAGUCACCGAGUUAGGAUCUUUAGAUGACAUGCAAAAUCCGAGGGCAAAGAAAAAUAACAGUAGUUUUGACUGGUCUUAUGGUCAGCAUCCAGAAGACGAUAGCUUUUGGGGUACACCUUGCAUGAGGCGCGUAAUUUUGGAUGAAGGAAUAGACGAGCCAUUGAUGAUGGAGAGUGAAGAAAGAGAAGAAAGAGUGACUUGUAAGUGCAAAGAGAGGGUUUACCCCAAGGCCACGAGGACCGGCUGUAUGCAUUCCUCCCGGGAUCAGGACGGUCGUAAUGGGAACAGGUGCUCUAAAUGCUGCGGUGUGCACUGUCCCUAUCCCAGCUUCCUGUAUUUCAGAGAGUAAGUGGUGUGUUGUCUUUUUUG